CUAUUGGAUUAUUUGAAAAAAAAUUCUGAAGGUCGUGCAAUUUUGGCAUCCAAUAAAACAACACUAGACAAUGCUGCUAGAAGAAAACUUUGUAAUAUUAUCGUAAGAAGGGAACUACAAGACGACCCAGAAAAACAUUUUAAAACUCCACGUUUACUCAGUCUUUCGCAAGAAAUUGUUAACAUUUUUCCAGGCGAACAUAUAAGCACUUAUUUUAUUCCAUACAUAAACUAUGGUCCCACGUUAAAAAAGUCUGCUAAAGGGAAACUUUUAGACUGUUUUAACAACAGGAGGAGGGAAUAUAAGAAAGCGGGAUUAAUAGUCAACUCUCCUAAGCAUACAGACCAUUCACCUCCAAAAUCAGCACUACUACUAGCUAGUACCCAACCAGUUGUUUAUACCGGUAAAGAUUUUAAUUUUAUAUAGAAAACAAAAUACUUGUUUGGUUUUUUUUUUUUUUUUUAGAUAGUGAAAAUGUUGAUGAAUCUUUGUCGUGGCUCCACAAUUCUUCUGAUCCAUGGGAUCUUGUUGUAAAACAUUGGUCGAUUACAAGAGCCACACGUUUAAAAAAAAUUUUGGACACAAAUUCUGAAGAGAUAUCCAUAGCUGAUUACAUGAAAGAGUACCCAGCAUUACAAAAACCAGUAGGAUAUAAUCUAUUGAUCGAUGAUUUUAACUUCAUACAUCCUGACAAAAUAAACAGCCUUUAUGAAACAUUUCCUCUUUAUAAAACAAAAAUUUUAGAACUAGCAAAAACUGCAUCGCUAAAACUAAGAGACAAUACCAUCAAAGGAAUUUUAAUUGAACAUCUUGAUUUAGCAUUAGCAAGUGAAGAAGCAGCAGUUAUAGCCACAUUUUCUAUUUUGCCAUUUCUCUUCAGUCCAGCUUCUACUAAAAGAAAGAAAGGUAAAAAUAGUUCAUGGAAACCUUCAAAGAUUGAGAUGAAAGAUGGCUUUAUAACACAUUUAAAAUCCUACAAUGAACUACUGGAAACAGUAACAAGAAGAAAAAAUAAGUAUGCUCAACUUGGUUGCACCUUACAGCCUUUUAUCAUAAUUGUUGGCCCAAGCAUCAAUGAAAUUGUACAUUUUUAUGUUUAUGUUGAUAACACUUAUUAUGUUCUAAAAUCAAUUGUUGAGGCAAUUGAUUGUUGUUCAAAGUUAUUCAUGCGUUAAAUUUAGAAUAUCCAUUAGAAUGCCUACAAGUUUGGACAUUUAUUCAAAAGGUUUUUUUUAAAAUUAAAACUGUUUGGGACACUGAGUUUGUAUCAGUAAAUUCCCUCAUAAGUGAUAUAGGGAUUACAAAUG